CAGUAGAAGACAGGAAGUUGUUUAUUGGGAUGAUAUCCAAGAAGUGCAAUGAAAACGAUAUCCGAGUGAUGUUCUCCCCCUUUGGGCAGAUAGAGGAAUGCAGGAUACUGCGGGGCCCGGACGGCCUGAGCCGAGGUUGUGCAUUCGUGACUUUUACAACAAGAGCCAUGGCACAAACAGCAAUCAAAGCAAUGCACCAAGCACAAACUAUGGAGGGUUGCUCUUCUCCCAUUGUGGUGAAAUUUGCAGACACACAAAAGGACAAAGAGCAAAAACGAAUUGCUCAGCAACUCCAGCAACAGAUGCAACAGAUCAGUGCUGCCUCAGUAUGGGGAAACCUGGCUGGUCUCAACACACUUGGACCCCAGUACUUAGCA